GAGAGAGAGAGAGAGAGGCAGAGGAGAAGGAGGAGCGAGAAGAAUUUAUUUUCCGUUCCUUAGGGAAAGGAAAAGUUGUUGCAGAGAGGGUGGAUUUUGGUUUUCUUUUCCGGUCCCCUCGUAAUCAGAACACACAUUUCACGCACACACACUAACGCAGAGAGAUUUACGUGUCGUUUGAUGUUCAAAAUACGACUCAAUGAGGGUUAAUUCUCGUGAUCCUAAACCCACAUUCUCGUAAUCCCUGACCUAUCUCCUUGUAUUCCAGACGUCUUAUUACAGGGGGAAAAUCAGAGCAUCGACAGAGAAGAAAAUAGAGAGGACGAAAAUUUGAUUACAUAUUAGUGUGUAUUCCUUGAAUACACACACAAAAGGUGGUGUUAUGCGUAAUGCGUGCAUGGGAGGAAUCAAUUUUUGAUGGGUUUCUACGCAUUGGCUGUUUGAAGAUUUUACCUUGGGGCCUGACUGCCUCCAAUUCAGGAAAUGGUACUGUAUCUGCCAGUAUAGCUGUUGGAUCUCAAGUGUGGGUAGAAGAUCCUGAGGUAGCUUGGACAGAUGGGGAAGUUGUGGAAGUUAAUGGUGACGAGAUCAAAGUAUUUACUUCAUCGGAAAAGAUAAACGUUGCCGAUUUAGCGAAUAUCCACCCGAAAGAUCCUGAUGCUCCUCCUUGUGGUGUGGAUGAUAUGACAAAGCUUGCUUAUUUGCAUGAGCCAGGCGUUCUGUACAAUCUGAGAUGUAGAUAUGAUGCGAAUGAGAUAUAUGCAUUGCUUUUGUUUGAGAUAUAUGCUGAUUCUGGACGUAAUUUGUUAUCAUUAACAGUUUUAUUGCUCUAUGGAUCCUUCUAUAGGAAUAUUCUGUAUACCUACACUGGUAACAUCUUGAUAGCAGUGAACCCUUUCCAAAGGCUUCCACAUCUAUACAAUAAUCAGAUAAUGGAAAAAUACAAAGGAGUGGCGCUUGGGGAGCUUGGCCCACACCCUUUUGCCAUUGCGGAUGCUGCUUACAGGCAAUCUUUGCAGAUGGUUAACGAGGGUAUAAGUCAGGCAAUUUUGGUUAGUGGGGAGAGUGGGGCCGGUAAAACUGAAAGCACUAAGAUGCUUAUGCAGUAUUUUGCAUAUAUGGGAGGUCGAGUUGCUGCCGAGGGACGGACUGUGGAGCAGCAAGUACUUGAGUCAAAUCCUGUUCUGGAAGCGUUUGGCAAUGCGAAGACAGUGAGAAACAACAAUUCAAGGGAUGUUGAGGAUGUUGAAAAAUACAAACUGGGGAAUCCUAGGACGUUUCAUUAUUUAAACCAGUCUAAUUGCUACGAACUGGAUGGAGUUGACGAGUGUAAAGAAUAUCUUUCUACUAGGAGGGCCAUGGAUGUUGUUGGGAUCAGUUCCGAUGAGCAGGAUGCAAUUUUCCGAGUUGUGGCUGCAAUUCUGCACUUGGGUAAUAUUGAAUUUGCUAAGGUAAGUGAAAGUGAUGCUUCACAACCCAAGGAUGAUCAAUCUCGAUUCCAUCUGAAGACAGCAGCUGACCUUCUAAUGUGUGAUGAGAAAUCACUUGAGGACUCCUUGUGCAAACGUGUGAUGAUUACUCGUGAUGAGACCAUAACAAGAAACCUUGAUCCAAGUGCUGCUGCACUCAGUAGAGAUGCUUUGGCCAAAAUUGUUUAUUCGAGAUUGUUUGAUUGGCUUGUGAACAAGAUCAACCAUUCUAUUGGGCAAGAUCCAGAUUCAAAAUUCUUAAUAGGGGUGCUGGAUAUUUAUGGCUUUGAGAGUUUCAAGACAAACAGUUAUCUAGGGUUGCAACAAAUACGAAGUUUUUCUUUGAUGAUAAGCUUUGAGCAGUUCUGUAUAAAUUUAACUAAUGAGAAACUGCAGCAACAUUUCAAUCAGCAUGUUUUCAAGAUGGAGCAAGAAGAGUAUACGAAAGAAGAAAUUGAUUGGAGUUACAUAGAGUUUGUUGACAACCAAGACAUACUUGAUCUAAUUGAAAAGAAACCAGGUGGCAUUAUCGCUCUUCUUGACGAGGCUUGCAUGUUUCCAAGAUCUACCAAUGAGACAUUUGCAGAGAAGCUGUACCAGACAUUCAAAGACCACAAACGUUUUCUAAAGCCAAAGUUGUCACGAACUGACUUCACCAUUUGCCAUUAUGCUGGAGAUGUCACUUACCAGACAGAACUGUUUUUGGAUAAGAACAAGGACUAUGUUGUUGCUGAGCAUCAGGCUCUCCUCAGUACUUCAAAUUGCGUGUUUGUCUCUGGCCUUUUUCCACCCUUGCCUGAGGAAUCUUCUAAAACGUCAAAAUUCUCUUCCAUUGGUUCUCAAUUCAAGCAACAACUGCAAUCUCUUCUUGAGACUCUUAGUGCUACAGAACCACACUACAUUCGCUGUGUGAAGCCUAAUAAUCUUCUAAAGCCUGCUAUCUUUGAGAACUCUAAUGUUCUACAGCAACUUUGCUGUGGGGGGGUUAUGGAGGCAAUCAGAAUAAGUUGUGCCGGAUUUCCAACUCGAAAAACCUUUGAUGAAUUCAUAAGUCGUUUCAAGAUCCUUGAGCCAAACGCCCUAAAUGGAAGCAGUGAUGAGGUUGCUGCUUGCCAAAGGAUUUUGGGGAAUGUUGGUCUUCAAGGUUAUCAGAUUGGCAAAACAAAAGUGUUUCUAAGAGCAGGCCAGAUGGCAGAACUAGAUGCACAUAGGGGACAGGUGCUUGGGAGAUCUGCAUGCAUAAUUCAGAAAAAAGUUCGUUCACAUUUGGCACGCAAAUAUUUCAUCUUGCUACGCAUGUCAGCUGUGCAAAUUCAGGCAAUGUCAAGAGGGCAAGUUGCUCGCCAUAUUUACGAUCACAAGAGAAGAACAGCUGCUGCUUCGAAAAUCCAGAAUGAAUCACGUGCAUUUCUUGCUAGAAAAGCUUAUGCACUUCUGUCCUCUUCCGCAAUCCUCAUUCAAGCAGGACUAAGGGGUAUGGCUGCUUGUAAUGAACUCCAAUUGAGGAAGAAAACAAAAGCAGCCAUUGUCAUCCAGAGACAUUUUCGAGGACACUGGGCCUACUCUUGGUAUUUGAGGAUGAAGAGAGCAGCAGUUGUUGCUCAGUGUGCCUGCAGAGCAAGGAAGGCUCACAGAGAAUUUAGAUUGCUUAAAUUGGCUGCAAAAGAAACAGGAGCACUUCAAGAAGCCAAAAGCAAGCUUGAAAAGCAAGUUGAAGAGCUAACUUGGCAACUGGAGUUGGAGAAACGCAUGCGGGCUGACAUACAGGAAGCUAAAAAUCAGGAAACUUCAAAAUUACAAUCUGCUAUGGAGAAAAUGCAGUUGGAAUUUCAAGAAACGAAGGAACAGCUGAUGAACGAACUUGAAGCUGCAAAGAAAGGAGGUGGGCAAGUGUCUGUUGUACAGGUUCCUGAAGGAGAUGGGCAAGUUCCUAUAGUACAAGAGGUGUCUGUUAUUGAUCAUGAUCUGAUUGAUAAACUAACAGCUGAAAAUGAGAAGUUGAAGCUUUUAAUAGAUGGUGCCCUGAAAAUUGUAUUUCAGAGUUUAGUAAGUUCUCUGGAAAAGAAAAUAGAUGAAACCGAGAAGAAGUAUGAAAAAACAAACAAGCUUAGUGAGGAUCGAUUAAAGCAGGCUCUGGAAUCAGAGUCGAAGAUUAUUCAAUUGAAGACUGCAAUGCAGAGGCUUGAAGAAAAACUAUCAGAUAUAGAGACCGAGGACCAGAUUCUCCGGAAACAAGCUUUGCUGAAUGCUCCUUCGAGGAAAGUGUCUGGACGAUUUGGUCAAAUCCCUCAGCCUGUGGAGAAUGGUGGUCCUGAAUCAUUAAGGGCGGCGUCUCUUAGAAGAUAUGGGAGUGUAUCUUAUGACAACCUAAGGAGAUCCCAUGUUGAAAGGCAUCGUGGCUGGCAUAGUAUCCAGCCCAAGAGACCAACUGGUUAUCAGUGCAACCAGGGUUUAAUGGAGAAUGUAGAUAGUCUACUUACUUGCAUAGGGCAACUUCUUGGGUUUAGUGAAGGAAAACCAGUUGCUGCAUUCACGAUUUACAAAUGCCUUGUUCAUUGGAGAUCCUUUGAAGCUGAAAGAACUAGCAUAUUUGAUCGGCUUAUUCAAAUCAUUGGAUCAGCAAUUGAGGAUGAGGCGAACAAUGACUACAUGGCUUACUGGCUCUCGAACACAUCUACACUAUUGUUUUUACUUCAACAUACUUUAAAAGCUGGUGCUUCAAGUGCUAGCAAACCUCCCCAACCGACGUCAUUUUUCGGAAGGAUGGCACAAGGUUUUCGGUCAUCACCUUCUUCUAACAACCUUCCUGUUGCUGGAUUGGAUGGAAUACAACAGGUUGAGGCCAAAUAUCCAGCUUUGUUGUUUAAGCAACAACUAACUGCUUAUGUUGAGAAGAUUUACGGAAUCAUUCGAGAUAAUUCGAAGAAGGAAUUGUCGUCUCUUUUAUCUUCCUUUAUCCAGGCACCCAAAACAUUGAGCACAAGCUCUCCGCAUUCAUCUUAUGGGUCCUCUGAAGAAGGCUCUCCAAGUGGUAGUGUUACUGGACAUUGGGAAAGCAUUAUUGAGAGCCUAAAUCGGCUUCUGACUACAUUGAAAAAUAAUUUUGUAUGUAUUCCUGACUACAUUGUUGUUCUCAAUAGUUCAUGUUCUCUCAGCCUUCUUCUCCACAAAGAAUGUUGCACAUUUAACAAUGGUGAAUACAUAAAAGCAGGGUUAGAUAAAUUAGAAGUUUGGUGUGGACAUGCGCAAGAGUGUGUAGGUUUAUCAUGGGAUGAACUGAAACAUGUACGCCAGGCUGUAGGACUUUUGGUCAUACACCAAAAAACAAGAAUUACCUAUGAUGAUCUGACUACUGAUCUUUGCCCAAUGCUAAGUGUUCAACAGCUUUAUAGAAUAUGUACUCUCUAUUGUGAUGAUAACUUUAAUACACCAAGUGUAGCUCCAGAAGUAAUAUCUAGCAUGAAGGUACUUAUGACAGAGGAGUCCAAUGACACUGAUAGUAGUUCAUAUUUGUUGGAUGACGAUCCAUGCAUACCCUUCUCAGUUGAUGAUAUUAGCAGUUCCCUCAGGCAAUUAGAUUUCACUAAUGUGAAACCUGCUGUUGAACUUCUUGAAAACCCAGAUUUUGACAACAAAGACGAGGCCGUGAGAUGCAUCAACAUUGUCAAGGAGGCAAUCGCCGCCAGCAACAAGCAAAAAGCACUCAAAUUCCUCGGAAUUGUACGCCGCCUUAAUCAGAAUCUACCUAUUGAUGAUCUUCUAUCUACGUGCAAGAAUGUAGACCCAUCGUCUUCCUCCUCUAAUCCGUCCAAUGGCGUGAAGAAAAGUGUUCAGGACGAGAAGGAUGAGGAAGCUUCCGUCAAUGGAGACAUGUUUUUGAAUGGCGAGAGAAGCUACACGGAGGAGCACGUGCACAUGGUCCGUCAAAUCUGGACUAAAAAGGAUUAUUACUCGAUUUUAGGCCUGGAAAAGAAUUGCACCGUGGAGGAAGAGGAAGAAGAAGAGGAUGAGGAGAGUGAGGAAGUGGAGGAGGAAGAGGAUGAUGUUGAGGACGAAGAAGGAGGUGACAUAGCAGCUCGCAUCAAAACUACUUGUCACUCACUGAUGAAUGCGGCAAUUGAUUCUCUUUCUCGGGAGUUAACCAAACUGCGUACUGGAAGAGCAUCAUCAGGGAUGAUCGAUCACAUUGUGGUUGAACAGUAUGGCGUGAAGACGCCCAUUAGCAGGAUGGCAGUUGUCUCUGUAUUAGACCCGAAAACACUGGCAGUCACUCCCUAUGAUCCCAAUGCCCUGAAGGAAUUGGAGAAGGCUAUUAUCUCAUCUCCACUGGGCUUAAACCCCAAAACCGAUAACCAACGAUUGAUUGUACCCAUCCCUCCAUUAACCAAAGAGCACAUGCAAGCUGUAUGCAAGGUGGUUGCUAAAUCAUCCGAAGAUGUGAAGCAGAGCAUAAGAAGAGCUCGACAAAAGGCAUUAGAUAGCAUCAAGAAGGCAGCACCACCCAAGAAGAAGGAAAAAGAAAAAGAUAAAGAUAAAAAAGAUAAGAAGGAAAAGGCCGGUCCAACUAUUUUUGAGGAUGAUGCUAAAAGACUUGAGAAAGAAAUUGAUGACUUGACCAAAAAGUUUAUCAAGACAGCUGAAGAUAUGUGCAAGGCUAAGGAAAAGGAGAUCCGAGGAGGCUAAAUCCCUUUUUGGUAACUACUUAUUUUAAGUAGAUUUAUGAUUAUAGAAGUUUUGAUGGGAAUUACUGCUCUGUGGCUUAUUUGAGGUUACUAAAAUCUAUGUCACAUGGCGAAUAUAGUUUGUUAGAUCUACUUGAAAUAAAGCUCUUGUAGGAAUAUUUUCAGAGAAAACAAUAUUAUCUGUUGGAUCUUGUUAGUGUUGCUAUGAAUGCAAUAUUGGUUCAUAAGUAGAGCAGUAUUUGGUAAUUCUUGUCUGAUUUUGUGCAUUAACUUAUAAACUGGUGCCAGUGUUUCACAUUCCUUUUGGGGUUAUGAGGAGGAGCUGGUUUAGCUGCUAAUCG